CAUGUAACGUUAUCAAAUACCCUAAGAAGUCCCAUACCGUUACAUUACAUCGAACCAAACACGUCAUUAGUUUCUUUUGAUAGAGCUGAGUAUGGGAAAAGUGACCCAAAUACAAGGAGGGAUGUCAAGAGCAAAGCACUGGAUAACAAAGAGCUUGCUGACCAGCUGGAUCUUGGGCAGAAGUUACAUGUCUCGUGGGUCUUGAUGGGAGGAUACUCAAUUUGGAGACGCCUCCGGUAUAUACCUCACAGAUUUCAGAGUAAAGCUGUAUAUGCUGUACUAAUCGUCCCAACCAUCAACUAUUGGUGGCUUUCUUUCACAUUUAAAAUGUCCAGGCAGGCCUUCAAGAAAUUAAUUGUGCCAGAGCAGAGGACCCUCUGCCCCCUGGAUUGCAAACAAUACACCUUCCCCUCUGCUGCAAGAGCCAUGCGCCACCCUGAAAUAUUCUGUGGGCAUGAUAUGGAGGUUCUUCAGAAGAUGAUGGUAAUGCCAAGAACUAUUGAGAAUAAAUCAAGGCAACAAGGUCUUUGUGAAUCAACCCACCGUGAUUUAUUUGUCUUCUGGAAGUUGGGAAUUUGUCCCAUAAAUACUACCGGUCUGUUUCAUCAAAUUGAAAGUUCUGUAUCAAGAAGCUUCCCUUCCAUGAAUCAAGUAUCAUAAGUCCCACAAUGUGAAAAUA